AUGCGGGACAAGGGGCAGCCCCUUCUCCCCUUUGCCUUCAUGCACCCCCUUGCCCAGUGGGGAUGCCGGUCCCUGCCGUCCCGCGGCGCUUCCUUUUUCGGAGCGGCUCCCAGUGCGCCCGGCGCCCGGGCUCGGGCCCCGCUGACGGGCGGUUAUUUAUAUCCACUGGCGCCGGCAGCGAGCGGAGAGCGGCCCCGGCGCGGGCGAAGCCGCUCGCUCGUUGCAGCGCGUCCGGGCCGCCCGCCGCCCCGAGGCGCCAAGGCCGCCCCCGAAGGCUGCGUGCAGCCCAAGGGGCCCAUCGAGCAGGUCUACCAGGAGAUCGCCAUCCUCAAGAAGCUGGAUCACCCCAACGUGGUGAAGCUGGUGGAGGUGCUGGAUGAUCCUGGCGAGGACCACCUGUACAUGGUGUUUGAACUGGUGAAGCAAGGACCCGUGAUGGAAAUCCCCACCCUGAAACCUCUCACCGAAGACAAGGCUCGCUUCUACUUCCAGGAUCUCAUCAAGGGCAUCGAAUACUUGCACUACCAGAAGAUCAUCCACCGGGACAUUAAACCCUCCAACCUCCUCGUCGGGGAAGACGGGCACGUCAAGAUCGCCGACUUUGGCGUGAGCAACGAGUUCAAGGGUGCGGACGCCCUCCUCACCAACACAGUGGGCACGCCGGCGUUCAUGGCGCCCGAGACGCUCUCGGAAACCCGGAAAAUCUUCUCUGGGAAGGCUCUGGACGUGUGGGCCAUGGGCAUCACGCUCUACUGCUUCGUGUUUGGGCAGUGCCCUUUUAUGGAUGAGAGGAUCCUGAGUUUGCACAAUAAAAUCAAGACCCAGACCUUGGAGUUCCCAGACCAGCCAGAAGUUACAGACUUCUUGAAGGACUUGAUUACACGGAUGCUGGAUAAAAACCCCGAAUCGAGGAUUUCGGUCCCAGAAAUCAAGGAAAGUACUGUGCAACAGCCUUUCGCAGGAGAUUUCGGGUGCUCUGCCCCUGCCGGACCCUGGAAGGGGCAAGAAGCUGAGAAAAUGGAGACAAAGUUGCACCCCUGGGCCACCAAGAACGGCGCGGAGCUGCUGCCCACGGAGGACGAGAACUGCACGCUGGUGGAGGUGACAGAGGAGGAGGUGGAGAACUCAGUCAAGCACAUCCCCAGCCUGGCCACCGUGAUCCUGGUUAAAACGAUGAUCAGGAAGAGGUCGUUCGGGAACCCCUUCGAGGGCAGCAAGCGGGAGGAGCGGUCGCUGUCCGCACCGGGGAACCUGCUGCCGAAGCAAGGCAGUGAAGAUCACCUGAAAUGCAACGACCUGCCUAACGUGGGUGAGGACGAAGCUCUCUCGUGAGCGGCGCCGUCGGGUUCUGU